AUGGAAAAAUAAUAAUUAUGGAUUCAAUGUGUUUCAUCCACUCCAGCCAAAAGAGUAAAUUGAUUUUAUAUUCAAAAAUAGGAAGAUGUUAUUCUUCUUUAAGAAAAUUUAGAUAAAAAAUUAUAAUAGAGAUAAGCCAGAGAAACUGGUAUAUGCCCUAUUCGAGAGGAAUUAUAUGCAUAAUGUUUUGAUGAACUUAUAAGACAAGUAUUAUAUGUAAGUUACAAUUAGAUUACAAUUAAUUGUGCUGAAAGGGGUUUAUUAUUAGUUCGAGUCAGAGAUGAAAUUAGACAAACAAUAUAAGCUUAUUAAACUUUGUAUGAAAGUUCUAUUGCUUUUGGAAUGAGGAAAGCUUUAUAAGCAGAACAAAGAAAAGUAAAAAUAUUAAUAAAAUGAUUAGACUGAUUAUAAUAAUAAAAUAAAGUAAUUAGAAACUGAAUGUCAAGAUUUAUCAAAAUAGGUUGAAAAAAUAGAGAGUACUAUUGAAGAUAUGCAAAGAUAAGAUUAAGAAUAAUAAGAACAUGAAGAAGCUAAACAUAAAGAUUAAGUCAAUUUCUUAAAAAAUGCAAAUAAAGUAUACAAAGAAGAAUUAGAGAAAUUCCUUACAGGAGCUAAUGUUAAAAAAUGA